AUGAAUAAGGUGAAUAAACAGAAGAUUAUUCUGGAUGUGUGUAGACUGAAUAAAGUUGGGCUUGGGGCUCUUCUUGAAACAAAAAUCAGGGGAGUUAAAGUGAAGGAAGUUAUGAACACUAUAUUUUAUGGUUGGGAGUUUUAUAGUAGUAAUCUUGUGGAUGGAAGAAUCUUAGUGAUUUGGAAUGCCAAAAUGGUGCAGUUGGAAGUAUUACAGGAAAGUGAUCAGCUAUUACACUGUCAAGUUCGGAUGCAUAAUCAAAAGAUUUUAUGUAUUACUUUUGUUUAUGGUUCUAAUAAUUUGGAAAUGAGGAGAUCCUUAUGGAUUGAUUUGGAGCACUUGUCUAAGCCUAGUAAUGCUUGGAUGGUUCUUGGUGAUUUCAACGCUGCUUUUAAUCCUAAUGAUAGAAUGGGUGGUCGUCCAAUCACUUUGAAAGAAAUGGAGGACACUAGACAAUGGUUAGAUCUUGGAUUGGUGGAAGAAAUGAAGAUCAUGGGUCCGUAUUUCACUUGGUCUAAUAAUCAAGAAGGUGGGGAUCGUAUCUUUUCUAAGUUGGAUAGGGUGUUUGCUAAUGAGACUUGGCUGGAUGAGCAUCCCUUAGCUUCGGCUGGGGUUCAGUGGGAGGUUGGGUCAGAUCAUUCCAUGAUCUUGAUAAAGCAGCUGCCAGUUAUAAGGGUGGGGGUGCAACCAUUUCGUUUUUACAACAUGUGGAUUGUUCACCCUCAGUUUAGAGAAGUUGUUCUAAAUAAUUGGAAUCAACCUCUGAGAUUUCCUGGAAGGGGUUUAGACCAAAUUAGUUGGAAGUUACUUCGUCUCAAGCAUACUUUGAAGAACUUUAACUGGAAGAUUAUGGGGGAUGUUUUGUGUAAUUAUGAGAGAAGCAAGCUUGAUUAUCAACAGGCUCAUUCUAAUUGUCUUGCUGAUCUGUCUAACAGAGAGCUUAGUAAUGAAGAUCGGGUGGCUUAUCUUGAGUUUAAGAGGCAUGAGAAGUUAUAUGCUAGCUAUAUUUACCAAAAGAAUGAUUAUGAAAAAGUUUCGACUCAUUUUCUGGAUCAUUUCAGAAAUUUUCUGGGUUCAGCCAGUGAAGCUUCAGGGAUUAUUGAUACGCAUGCUAUUGGUUUGGGUUCUGUUUUGAGCAGUGAGGACCAGUUGGGUUUGAUUAAACCUUUUACUGUCAAGGAGGUGAAAAAAGCUAUGCUUAGCAUCCAUUCUUUGAAAAGUCCAGGUCCGGAUGGGUUUGGGGCUGACUUUUUUAAAGCUUUAUGGAAGGAUAUUGGGAUGGAAAUUACUUGGGGUGUUCUUGAUUUUUUUGAGUCAGCUAGCAUUCCUCACUCUCUGAAUAGUACUUUACUUUCUCUUAUUCCGAAAGUUGAUCAUCCUAUUAAUGCUUCAGAGUUUAGGCCUAUUGCUUGCUACAACACCUUAUAUAAAUGCAUUUCCAAAAUGUUAUGCAAUAGGCUUAAACUUGUGCUUCCUGCUUUGAUAAGCCAGAAUCAAGGGGCGUUUAUUAAGAAUCGCUUCCUUGCCCAUAAUGUUCUUAUACUCCAAGAUUUACUAAAAGGUUAUAAUAGGAGAAAUAUUUCUCCUCGUUGCAUUAUGAAGAUUGAUAUAAGCAAAGCUUAUGACUCAAUUGACUGGAAUUUUUUGGAAAAUCUUCUUAAUGCUUUGUGCUUUCCGAAGAGGUUUAUUAAAUGGAUUAUGGUUUGUCUCAGGGGUUCUUCUUAUGCUUUGGUGUUGAAUGGUAGCAUUCAAGGGCAGUUUCAAGGUGCUAGAGGGCUUAAACAAGGAGAUCCAAUCUCACCUUUAUUAUUUGUUAUGGUGAUGGAUUACCUUACUAGAUUGUUGUUAAAGACUUCAAGGGAGAAAGAGUUCAAAACUUCUUCUAUGAAGUACUUUUUUUCUCUAGCAAAGUCAAAUUUUGGAAGAAGGCCCAUUGAAGCAACAACUGAGCAUGAAGUCGCUACGUAUUGGUGGUGA